UCUAAAGAUCACGAAGUGCAGUGCGAGAAAUAAGACGUGCUUCAUACGGCAGCGAGGAACCAAGUCAGCCUCCACAGUACGGUACAAUAAAUGGUCUUCUCUCCAUCUGAUUUUUAUUUCGGCGGUCUAUUUAACCCUCAAUCCCAAUUCUUCCUCCCAUUCCCCACUCUUCCAAUCUUCCUAUAUAUCGCCGGCGAUGCGGGCAACAGCGGGGGACCGCACUGGCUCUCUGGCGGCAACAACAUCCAUGUCCUUCCGCGGUUUCUCUGCCUUGAGCCUCCGCCGUCAUCAAGUGGCUUCCCUGGAACCCUCCAGCGAGGAGGAGCUCCAUCUCCUUGAUCUCCUCCAUUCCCGCCUCACCGAAUCCCUCCAAUCCCUCCUCCCCUCACCCGACUCCAAAAUUCCCUUGCCCUCUCUCACCCUCUCCUUCCCCUUCCUCCACAAACUUCUUGAUACCCUUCUCGCCUGCGAAAACGAUUUCAAAUCCCUUCUUCUCCUUGUCCUUUCGCGAAACCCUAGCCUCAUCUCCCGCCCGCCUCUGGACCGCGCCGUCCCCGAUCUACUUGACCGAGCCGUCAAAUCGCUUGACCUCUGCAACGCUGUUUCCCUCUCCCUCCACUCCCUUCGCCUCUGGAAUCGCCACGCCGACAUUGCCGCCUCCGCUCUCCACCGUCCAGGUGGCCCCUUCACCCCCCCGCAAAUCAACCGCGCCGGAAGAGCCCUCUCCAAGCUCCUUCACUCCAGCUGCACCAGCCUUAUCACCUCUUCCUCAUCGUGCAGUCGGAUAUGCCGAAUCUGCUCCGCAAAGAAACAACUACAGGCCAUGGCGUCCGGCUUCACCACUCCACGCAGUGUUGAAUCAGGCAGUGCUUCCGUGCUUGCACUCGCUGUGCACACCAUAAGCACUCUGCUGCACUUUUCCAUGUGGAUGAUGGUGGCUUCGUUUCCUUGUGGCAGCGGGGAAAGUCAGCCACCACCGCCGAUUCAAACUGCCACAAGGCAAAUGCCUUGGGCGUUGGCUUUGUCUCGCUUACAUGAGAAAAUUGCAGAGGAUAUAAGGAGGGAGAGAAAACAGGGAGGCUUACUAGUAUCGGCUGGGAUGCUAGAGGAGACUCUGGCUUUGGAGAGAAGCGGCAGGGAGGUUUUGGAGAUGACGAAGAGUGAAGUAGGAAUAGAAGCGGCAGCUGCUGAUCUUGCCUUUGCAAGCCGAAAGCUUGAGGAAGGACUGGUGCCUUUUGAAAGGAAGGUGAGGGAGGUUUUCCAUAGAUUGAUAAGGUGCAGGGAAGAGGUGAUCCGUUGUUUGGGGAACAGAAGCGGCUCCUCUUCUUGUUCCUCAGUUGAUUCUGUAUAACGAAAACUGCAAUUAAGGUUUGGAGUAAGCUCCAAGCUUUUGCCCGGAUCAAAACUUGGUUAUUUUGUUUGCUUUGCACACGCUUCGAUGUUUUAGAAUUUUUCGUUGUAUAUCUUUAUGGAUUACUACUAUUUGUGGUAAGAGAUGUGCUGGUGAUUACUUGA